AUGAGUUCCUAUUUCGUGAACUCCACCUUCCCCGUCACUCUGGCCAGCGGGCAGGAGUCCUUCCUGGGCCAGCUGCCGCUCUACUCGUCCGGCUAUGCGGACCCGCUGCGGCACUACCCUGCGCCCUAUGGGCCGGGACCGGGCCAGGACAAGGGCUUUGCGGCGUCCUCCUAUUACCCACCAGCCGGCGGCAGUUAUGGCCGGGCGGCGCCCUGCGACUACGGGCCGGCGCCUGCCUUCUACCGGGAGAAGGAUGCGGCCUGCGCCCUCUCCGGCGCCGACGAGCCGCCCCCAUUCCAUCCAGAGCCGCGGAAGUCUGACUGCGCACAGGACAAGAGUGUGUUCGGAGAGACCGAGGAGCAGAAGUGCUCCACGCCCGUCUACCCGUGGAUGCAACGCAUGAAUUCAUGCAACAGUUCCUCUUUUGGGCCCAGCGGUCGCCGAGGCCGCCAGACUUACACUCGCUACCAGACCCUGGAACUGGAGAAGGAAUUUCACUACAAUCGCUACCUGACCCGGCGGCGGCGCAUCGAGAUCGCGCACGCCCUGUGCCUGACCGAGCGGCAGAUCAAGAUCUGGUUUCAGAACCGGCGCAUGAAGUGGAAAAAGGAGAGCAAACUGCUCAGUGCGUCUCAGCUCAGUGCGGAGGAGGAGGAAGAAAAACCAGCCGAGUGAAGGUGCUGCAAAGGGAGGGGGGACGCGAAGGGAGAGGCC